AUGUCCUCUACAUUGGAAAAUCAUGAGUCGCGUGCAUCAAUCACAUCAGAAACCAAAUCACCCAAAAUCGCAUAUAAUUUAUCAUCCAUGCCACAUGAAGUGAAGGAAACCAUUGUCGAAUGGCUUUAUCUUUCAUCUCAAAUAAACCAGCUACUCCGUCGACAUUGGCAAUACGAUAUCCCUCACGAUUCCAUCGGCUUCUCUAGGCUUGAAUCUGACGAAGAGUCUACCAGUGAGAUCGAAUUCGGUUUGAAUUCUACCGCCAUCGAUCUGAAAGAAUCAGGUUUACACUUGAAGAAAUCAUUGAAAGACAUUCGAUACAUGUCAGGAACAUCUGGUGGAGAAGUCCGACUGCGAGGAAAUAUCGACCUGACCUCUUACUUGAGAUCUUACAAGCUUGCCCUCGCCUGA